UACUGCCAUCGUUGGCUUAGCCGCUGGACGCCGGACUGCUGCACUGCCGCCGUCGCAAAUUGUGAUAAUUGAUUUCAAUUGGCUCCAUGCCGUUUGAGUGGCCCGUUGAAUCGCCCGACGACACCAGCAACGAUGUUUGAUUCCCAGCUGAGUCUGUGCGCGGGUCGCAUGGUCGCCGAUUCCACCACCACCACCUCCGGCAGGGAUGGAUGCGAUGGUGCCAAGACGAUGAUAUGCCGCGCUUGCCUGGUGCUGCUGGGUCCGCAGGAUGCGUGCCACAAUCUGGACAGCGAGCAGGAUCUGGCCAGCAAGUACUACGGCUGCACUGGAGAGGAUGCGGUUAGGGAUUUGCCACCCCAGUUGGUGCUGAAAAGCAUCUGCGAGUGCUGCUAUCAGUUGGUGCAGAAGUUCCACGACUUUCAACGCAUGUGCGCAGAGUCCUUGCGCAAUUUUGAGAAGCUGCUGCAGGACAUCGACAUCGGCUGCCUCAAGCUGGAGGACCACACUUGGCCCGACUUGGACACCCCUUCGGAGAGCAACGAGUCCACUAAUCCGGAAGCCCAGUCGGACGCACCCUGCAUCGUAGCGACGCAGGAGAUUGAGGAAGUGUACGUAAUAGAGGACGAGUCAGCCAAACAGGAUCUGGGCCAGGAGAAGCUAUCCAUUGCGGGCUCUAGCAAGUUGCUGGGUGCCAGGAAGCGACGAGGAGUGCGACACACCCUCGAGUGUCGCAUAUGUCAUCGUGGCUUCUACAAACCAUCGCUGCUGGAGGCCCACAUGCAGCAGCAUGAGGGUCUGAGACCGUAUACCUGCGUCCAUUGUGCGAAGAGCUAUGCCCGGGCCAAUCUGCUGGAGUCGCACCUGCGGCAGAUGCAUAACAAUGCCGACGCUGCGCGGAUCAUCUAUGCCUGCCCAAGCUGCAACAAGGUGUACACAGCGGACCGAAGUCUCAAAUAUCAUAUGAGAAGGGCGCACGAAAGGAAUCAGGAGGCAGAGUGCCCGGAUGCCCGGCACAUUUGUGAGGAGUGCGGCAAGUGCUUUGCGCGAAAGGCACAUCUAACGCGCCACAAGAUGGUCCAUGGUGGCGUUGAGGAUCGGAGAUACUGCUGCGAGUGCUGCGAUCGAAGGUUCUACACCAAGGAGAACAUGGUGGAUCAUCUGCAGCGCAAGCACGGCAACAAGAAUCUGCUGCUCAGAUGCAGAAAAUGCGGACGCAUAUUCCGGAACAGCGUGCAGCUCAACGCGCACGGCAGGAAACACAAAGCGAUGGAUGUAGUUCAAUAAUUCGUUUUAUUUGUGGUUUCAAUAACAUCAAGCUAACACAAUUGUUACAAUGAUUCGAAUUACUUGGAAUUUUGUUACGCCAGUAUUUGUGGGAGAAUGCCGCAUAAUUGGAGAUACUAAGACGAAUGGUUGACGACGAAUCGAUGAGGCUGCCCUAAAAUUAGCUAACAUUCACAUAAUGGCCGGCGCAGCAGCAUAGUCGAUUAAAAAUCAUCAAUACAAAAAAAUGGCGAUGGCGAUGGCGCACUCGCAGUAGUUCUCAAAAAAGUAAUCAUGCGUAUAUAAAACAAUUAACUAAAAUUUAUCCUUAAGCUUAAAGAACGGAUGACAGUUUUAAAAUUACAUUACCAAUACAUUCAUUUAUCAUUAAUUUGUAGGGAGGAGGAAAGAGAUGAUAAUAAAAACCAGAUUAUCCGUCAA